CUUCCAUCCCCUUCGUCUCAUCAUCGUCAUCAAAGACGAACAGCAAGCUGUUCGAUUGCGAAGAGGAGGGACGCUGGUUUUAGCAGUUGCGUUCUUGCUCCCCCCAUCCCAUCUCUGCCCCUCUCACUCCUCUUCCAUCCUUCCCUCUAUCUAGCUGUUGUUUUCUCUUUCUCUCUUCCUUACGCUUCACUGAUAAAUAAAAUAUUAACCGACGCUUAAUUCGAGCUUUGUAUUCGUGAUCGGGCGACCGAUAAUCAGUAAGCAAGCAGGCGAGCGAGCGAGUGAACGAACGAACGAACAAACGAUCGAACGAACGAACGAACGAAUAUUCCACCUGACUAAACGCCCUUUUUUUCCACUCGCCGAUACUGAACCAUCGACCGGGCUCCGUACGACCUAUACGCGAUUUGUUUGAGUUAGUAAGUUAUUCCAGGUAUCGAGAGUGGUCCUCACUUUUCCAGUUUUCAACUGCUUUUUUUACACCUCUUAUCGUCACGAUCGCGGACAACGCGGACGGUCGAGUGUUUAUUUCGUUUCUUAAACUUAAGAAAGACACAUUCAAGAAAAAAAGAAAAGCAAAAAAAAAAAGAGAAACUGUAAGAGCAGAGCGAUCGUUCACAUAGAAUGAGCUGCGCGGGUAUUCGAAACAGCGUGAAGAAACAGAAACGAUCGUGUGUUUUUCAUUGAUCUUCUUCCUCGUUUUUUCUACGUCGAAUAUUCGAUUCAACAUGGUCCAUUUGCGACGCAAAGUUAUGGGCCCAGAAGAUUAAUCGCCCAAAAAGAAAGGAAUUAUUUAACGAGUCGAGAAAAUACAUUUAUUGGUGUGAAGAAUGUCUGAAUCAAGUUCAGCAGUACAUUUGGCCUUUGAAAAAUUAGAUGGUCGAGAAAGCUACAAUAAUUGGAAGUUUAGUAUGAAGAUAACCCUUAUUCAUGAAAAUUUAUGGGGUGCGAUCGAAGGAUACCCAGAUGAAGAUACUUCGUCAGUGGCUGAGAGAACAAGGAAAGAUCAAAAAGCUCUAGCAAAAAUAUGCCUAAUGGUGAAGCCUUGUGCUUAUCCUUAUGUUAGAUCGGCGGAAAACGCAAGAGAAGCUUGGUUGAAUCUUCAAAAGGCUUAUGAAGAUAAAGGUUUAUCAAGAAGAUUAAGUCUACUUCGUACACUCGCCGGGAUGAAGUUGCAGAACUUUAAAAACAUGGAGAUUUAUGUGAAUGAAAUAAUGUCUGCUUCUCAAAAAUUGGCUGAUAUAAAUGCUCCGUUAGAUGACGAAUUCCUUGCAGUAAUAAUGCUGAGUGGUCUUACGGAGGAUUACGAUCCAAUGGUAAUGGCUUUGGAAAGUGCUAAUAUUAGACUUACAAGUAAUUUUGUAAAAGCUAAGUUAUUACAAGAUAUUAAACAUACUUCUUUAUCAAAUGACAGAGCGCUUUACACAAAAAACAAAGUCUUUAACAAAAAAAAGAUUGUAUGUUUCAGAUGUAACAAAGAAGAUCAUUUUAAAACUGAAUGUCCUCUCAAUAAAUCAAAUAAGGACACGAAAAAUGUUAAGGACAAAACUUCGAAUUUUUCAAAUAAGUCCAAGGAUAAGGAUAAAGCUUUGCUUGUAUCAUGUAAAAAUACUGGAUCUUCCGAAGAUUGGUAUAUAGAUUCAGGCGCAACUAUUCAUCUGACGAAUAAAAAGGAUUGGUUCCAAGAUUUUGAUGAAGAAAAUGGGCAUUCUGUGGCAGUCGCAAGUGGACAGACACUUAAUUUUCAGGGCAAAGGAAAUGUAAUAAUAUCUACUAAAAAUGGUGAAAAGAAGAUUUCAAAUGUUGUCUACGUUCCAGAUUUAAAAACUAAUCUUUUAUCUGUAAGUAAGAUGGUAAAUAAUGGUCAUGUUGUAGUCUUUAAUUCAACAGGGUGUCAAGUCUACGAUGCUGAAAAUUGCUUGAUAAAAGGUGAGAUUGUUGUCACAGCGUCUUAUCACAACGGUUUAUAUCGCUUAGAUACUUCUCAGAUUGCGAAUCUUGCUAAGCACACAGAUAGCGAAGAGAUUUGGCACAAGAGGCUUGGACAUCUAAACAGAAUUAGUAUGAAUUUACUAAAGAAAAAUUUAGCAACAGGAAUAAAUUUUGAUGACGAGAGGAGUGAGCAAUGUGUUGCCUGUUUGAAAGGUAAGCAGACAAGAAAACCUUUCAAAAAUAUUAAUGCAAAAAGAGCAAAUAAUUUAUUACAAAUUAUUCACUCGGAUUUAUGUGGCCCUAUGCCAGUAUAUUCGUGGAGCGGAAAAAGAUAUAUUCUAAAUUUUAUAGACGAUUUUUCCCGAAAGAUUCACGUUUAUUUCUUAGCUUCAAAAACUGAAGUUUGUUCUUUUUUAAAAAACUAUCAAAGUUUAGUUGAAAAUGAAACAGAUCGUACAAUUAAGAUUCUGCGUACGGAUAAUGGACGGGAAUACGUUAAUAAAGAAUUUGAAGAAUACCUCAAAUUUAAAGGUAUUAAGCAUCAAUUAAUAGUUCCAUACACACCUGAGCAAAAUGGCGUAGCAGAGAGAACAAAUCGAACAAUUGUAGAAAAGGCUCGCUGCAUGAUGCAGGAUGCAGACUCUAAUGAAAAAAUGUGGGCCGAAGCGGUAAACACUGCAGUUUAUCUUAAAAAUCGUUCUCCGCAUAAAGCAGUUAAAGGAAAAACACCUCAAGAGAUUUGGACAGGAGAAAAGGUUGACUUAAGUCAUUUAAAAGUUUUUGGCUGUAUCGGAUAUGUUCAUGUUCCCAAAAUUCAAAGAAAUAAAUGAGAUGCAAAAAGCAAACCUUAUUUGCUUGUUGGA